AUGCCCGGCGAAGUCAUCGACCGGCCGAAUCCGCAGCCAUUACCGUCGCAUCUGCCCGAUGGUCUAGAGAAACUGAGCAUCAAGCUGUCUCACGAGACGCUGGAUCCCAAGGCAUGCGAUGGUCUGUUCAAGUACCGGCGCGCGGCUGCUUACAUUGCUGCGGCAAUGAUUUUCUUGCAAGACAAUACACGCCUGGAGAGAGAUUUGACUUUCGAUGAUGUUAAGCCUCGAUUGCUCGGCCACUGGGGAACAUGUCCCGGCCUCAUCUUGGUCUAUUCCCAUUUAAACUAUCUCAUCCGGACGAUGGAUCUCGACAUGCUCUAUGUCGUCGGCCCAGGCCACGGUGCGCCGGCGAUUCUGGCCGCGCUGUGGCUGGAAGGCUCACUGGAGAAAUUCUAUCCCCAGUACUCGCGCGACAACAGCGGACUGCACCGGCUGAUUUCAACGUUUAGCACUACUGCUGGUUUUCCCAGUCACAUCAAUGCUGAAACCCCCGGCGCCAUCCACGAGGGCGGAGAACUGGGCUACGCCCUCUCGGUAUCCUUCGGUGCCGUGAUGGACAACCCGAAUCUGAUUGUUACCUGUGUAGUUGGCGACGGGGAAGCCGAGAGCGGCCCGACUGCAACGUCCUGGCAUGCAAUCAAAUAUAUCGACCCCAAGGAAUCUGGUGCCGUCCUGCCCAUACUGCAUCUGAAUGGAUUCAAGAUCAGCGAGCGCACCAUCUUCGGAUGCAUGGACCAGAAGGAGCUGCUGGCUCUGUUCAGCGGCUAUGGGUACCAGGUCCGCUUUGUCGAGGAUCUCAAUGAUAUCGAUACCGAUCUUCACUGCUCCAUGGUCUGGGCUGUGGAAGAGAUCCGGAAGAUUCAGGCGGCUGCUCGGGCUGGGAGGCCUAUCCUCAAGCCGAGAUGGCCGAUGCUUAUUUUGCGCACUCCUAAGGGAUGGUCCGGCCCAAGACAGCUCCACGGCCAAUUCAUCGAAGGCUCGUUCCACUCGCACCAAGUCCCAUUGCCCAAAGCCAAAACCGACAAGGACCACCUAGACCUGCUCCAGAAAUGGCUGGCAGACUACAAACCAGGCGAGCUCUUCACACGGGACGGUGACAUCAUCGACGAGAUCAAGACCGUGAUCCCGGCCGACAACGCCAAGAAACUGGGCCAGCGCAUCGAGGUCCACGGCAGCUAUAUCGCGCCCAAGCUCCCGGACUGGAAGAUGUUCGGCGUGCAAAAGGGCCAGAAGGAGAGCGCCAUGCAGGCCAUCGGCAAGCUGAUCAACGAGGUCUUUGUGCUGAACCCGCACAGCGUGCGGUUGUUCUCUCCGGACGAGCUGGAGAGCAAUAAGCUUGAUGCUGUGUUUGAUCAAACUGGCCGUAACUUUCAGUGGGAUGAGUUUGCUAAUGCACGCGGCGGCCGGGUCAUCGAGGUGCUGAGCGAGCAUAUGUGCCAGGGCUUUAUGCAGGGGUAUACUCUGACGGGCCGGGUGGGUAUCUUUCCGUCGUAUGAGAGUUUCCUGGGGAUUAUCCAUACGAUGAUGGUGCAGUAUGCUAAGUUCAUUAAGAUGGUAAGCUGCUCAAGAAACAACAUGGCACUGCGGCAUCAGCAGCAUCAACUACAUCGAAACAAGCACCUGGACACGGCAGGAACACAACGGAUUCUCGCACCAGAACCCGUCGUUCAUCGGUGCCGUGCUGAAGCUCAAACCAACCGCCGCACGCGUGUACCUGCCACCAGACGCCAAUACCUUCCUGACAACGGUGCACCACUGCCUCAAGUCCAAGAACUACGUCAACCUAAUGGUGGGCUCGAAGCAGCCCACGCCAGUGUACCUGACCCCCAAGAAGCAGAGAACCACUGCCGCGCAGGGGCAUCGGUAUGGAAGUUCUGCAGCACGGACGAAGGACUGAACCCAGACGUGGUGCUGGUGGGGAUCGGCGUCGAGGUGAUGUUCGAGGUAAUCGAGGCAGCAGCGCUUCUACGGCGGCGCAUCCCGGCGCUGCGUGUGCGCGUCAUCAACGUCACGGACCUGAUGAUCCUCGAGAACGAGGGCGUGCAUCCGCACGCGUUGUCGACCGAGGCCUUUGAUAACCUCUUUACGGCCGACAGGCCCAUCCACUUCAAUUACCAUGGCUACCCAACUGAGCUGCAGGGCUUGCUCUGGUGUCGCCCGCGUCUGGACCGGAUCUCUAUUGCCGGGUACAUGGAGGAGGGUAGUACCACCACCCCCUUCGAUAUGAUGCUCGCCAACCGCACCUCGCGCUUCCAUGUGGCCAAGGCGGCUCUUCGAGGGGCUGCGAGGCGUAAUGAGAAGGUUCAGGUGCGGCAGCAUGAGCUGGCCACGGAGAUGGAUCAUGAUAUCGUCAAGACGAGGAAGUAUAUUAUCGACACUCACAAGGAUCCCGAUGACAUGUAUGCCAUGCCCAAGUUCGACUAA